GCUGUGGGAGAAGGGAGGGACCAAAGGAGAGCGAGAGAGGGCUCGCGAUCCAGUUCGCCGACUAAGCAGAAGAAAGAUCAAAAAACGGAAAAGAGGGGACGAGCAAACAGGCGCUUUCAAGAACAAGCCCCUCAUCUCCAAGCGGACAGCGCUCUAGGAAUCCAAAUUCAGUGCCUACCGAAGACAAAGGCGCCCCGAGGGAGUGGCGGCGCGACCCCAGGGCCCCGCCGCGGAGCCCACACGGCCCGGCUGCCCGGACGGUCGCGGACCAUGUCUCCCGCGCCACGACCCGCCUGCAGUCUGCUGCUCCCCCUGUUCACGCUCGCCACCGCGCUCGCCUCCCUCAGCUCGGCCCAGAGCAACUUCAGCCCCGAAGCCUGGCUGCAACAGUAUGGCUACCUGCCCCCUGGGGACCUGCGUACUCACACACAGCGCUCGCCUCAGUCGCUCUCAGCUGCCAUCGCUGCCAUGCAGAGGUUCUAUGGUCUGCGAGUAACGGGCAAGGCUGAUGCAGACACCAUGAAGGCCAUGAGGCGCCCCCGCUGUGGUGUUCCAGACAAAUUUGGGGCUGAGAUCAAGGCCAAUGUUCGAAGGAAGCGAUAUGCCAUCCAGGGCCUCAAAUGGCAGCACAACGAGAUCACUUUCUGCAUCCAGAAUUACACCCCCAAGGUGGGUGAGUAUGCCACAUUCGAGGCCAUCCGCAAGGCAUUCCGCGUGUGGGAGAGUGCCACACCGCUGCGCUUCCGAGAGGUACCCUAUGCCUACAUCCGCGAGGGCCAUGAGAAGCAGGCUGACAUCAUGAUCUUCUUCGCUGAGGGCUUCCAUGGUGACAGCACACCCUUUGAUGGCGAGGGCGGCUUCCUCGCGCACGCCUACUUCCCAGGCCCCAACAUUGGAGGGGACACCCACUUUGACUCUGCUGAGCCCUGGACUGUCCGGAAUGAGGACCUGAAUGGGAAUGACAUCUUUCUGGUGGCUGUGCAUGAGCUGGGCCAUGCCCUGGGCCUCGAGCAUUCCAAUGAUCCGUCUGCCAUCAUGGCGCCCUUUUACCAGUGGAUGGACACAGAGAACUUCGUGCUGCCUGAUGAUGACCGCCGUGGCAUCCAGCAACUUUAUGGGAGUGAGUCAGGGUCCCCAACCAAGAUGCCCCCUCAACCCAGGACCACCUCCAGGCCCUCUGUCCCUGAUAAGCCCAAAAACCCCACCUACGGGCCCAACAUCUGUGACGGGAACUUUGACACCGUGGCCGUGCUCCGAGGGGAGAUGUUUGUCUUCAAGGAGCGCUGGUUCUGGCGGGUGAGGAAUAACCAAGUGAUGGAUGGAUACCCAAUGCCCAUUGGCCAAUUCUGGCGAGGCCUGCCUGCGUCCAUCAACACUGCCUAUGAGAGGAAGGAUGGCAAAUUUGUCUUCUUCAAAGGAGAUAAGCACUGGGUGUUUGAUGAAGCUUCCCUGGAACCUGGCUACCCUAAGCACAUCAAGGAGCUGGGCCGAGGACUGCCUACUGACAAGAUUGAUGCUGCUCUUUUCUGGAUGCCCAAUGGAAAGACCUACUUCUUCCGGGGAAACAAGUACUACCGUUUCAACGAGGAGCUCAGGGCAGUGGACAGCGAGUACCCCAAAAACAUCAAGGUCUGGGAAGGAAUCCCUGAGUCUCCCAGAGGGUCAUUCAUGGGCAGCGAUGAAGUCUUCACUUACUUCUACAAGGGGAACAAAUAUUGGAAAUUCAACAACCAGAAGCUGAAGGUAGAACCGGGCUACCCCAAGUCAGCCCUGCGGGACUGGAUGGGCUGCCCGUCGUCAGGGGGCCGGCCGGAUGAGGGGACUGAGGAGGAGACGGAGGUGAUCAUCAUCGAGGUGGACGAGGAGGGCAGUGGGGCAGUGAGCGCAGCCGCCGUGGUGCUGCCUGUGCUGUUGCUGCUCCUGGUGCUGGCAGUGGGCCUCGCAGUCUUCUUCUUCAGACGUCAUGGGACCCCCAAGCGACUGCUCUAUUGCCAGCGUUCUCUGCUGGACAAGGUCUGACCCCCACCGCCGCCCGCCCACUCCUACCACAAGGACUUUGCCUCUGAAGGCCAGUGGCAGCAGGUGGUGGUGGGUGGGCUGCUCCCACCCGUCCCAAGCCCCUUCCCCUUCGCCCCUGCCUUCCUUCUUCUCUGUCCUGUGACUGGCCUCUCCCACCCUCAACCCUGCCGUUGCUUCGUCCCUAGAAGGGUCCCCUGGGGGCUGAGCAGGGGCUGCCCCUUCCAGCCCCUGCCCCUCAGGGGCCCCUUUAGCUUGGUGUGUGUCCAGCCCCAUCUGAAUGUCUUGGCUCUGCACUUGAAGGCAGGACCCUCAGACCUCGCUGGUAAAGGUCAAAUGGGGUCAUCUGCUCCUUUUCCAUUCCGUGACAUACCUUUAACCUCUGAACUCUGACCUCAGGAGGCUCAGGCAAGCCCCCAGGUGUACCCAAUUGGCAGCCCCCACCACUCUUUCUGGCUAAAAGAAAUCUAAUCUUGUUGUGGGGGGAGACCCUGAGAGAGUGUGAGGGGGUGGGGGCUGCACAGCCACCCAAGACCUUGGGAGGAAAGCUCAGAGAGGGUCAGCCCUCUGCACAAAGAUCUGCCUCUGUCCCACCUGCCCCCGAGACCUUCCACAGAAGGAGUCUGAGCCAUUAAGGACUAAACUGGGGCUGGAAAACCCUUGACAGCCCCACCGUCCCAAAUGUUAGCCUUGGAUGGGGAUGUUGAGGUUGGAAGAGCUGAGACUAGGGGUGCAGCUACCGGGGUGGGGUGGGACCAAAAAGAGAGAAUCAGUUCCGAGCCCUGGGAGUGAGCUUGAAGGCCACAAAGAACCUUGCUCAAAUGCAGGCAGCUGGGGCAGGGACCCAGGGGCAGAGCAGUCAGAGGGGACAGGACAGGACCAAAAGGUAAACAAAGGAGGUACAGUAGGGGUGGACAGCUGGGGGCCGGGCAGGCAGGCCAGCAGGGACGACACAGGGUGGGCUGUGGUACCUGGGGGGGCGGGGGGGUGACUUUUAUUGGACCCCUCAGGAAGGGCCUGAGAAAGGCACACCUGCACCUCUUUGCUCUUCCUCCAACUAGGCAGCAUGAAGGGGAAGGGUGGGGAGCCCAGAGAAAAGAGCAGAGAUAGCAACCAUCCUGGAACUGGUGACUCGGGCCCUUAAUGACAGUGGCCAGCUAGUGAGGGAGCCGAGGAGGCUCCCAGCGGCCAGCAGCGCUCAGGUGGCCCGCCUCAGUGAGGGGGCCAGCUGCCUGGGUGUUUCUCGGUCAGGUUAGCCCCUCAUUUCCUGAUGCCCCCACCCCUCAACCCAUCCUACCGGUGUCCUGUGCCACCUCGCCCCACCCAGCCCCCCUAUUUGAAGUCUCCUUCGGCCACUGAAGGUGGUCAUGGUACUGGGGACUUGGGAAAGUGAGAGACCCCGUGGGGGGAGUGAGAGGAGAGGGAUGUCAGGGGUGGGGGGGUCUGGGGGGGUGGGAGAAAAUGGGGUGAACGGUGCUGGCAGUUCGGCUAAAUUUGUCUUGUUUGGGUUUUUUUGUUUUGUUUAAUGUAUAUUUUUAUUAUAAUUAUUAUAUAUGAAUUCCCUUCAAAUCGUUCCUUUUUGUUAACAAGGGGCAUGGGGAGGGGUGGGGGUGGGGGGCAGAGGCAUCCGACCCCAGGAACCUGCAGGGCGGGGCUGGGUCAGUGCCCUCUAAGGACAUUAUUGACCUUGUUCAACCUUUCCACAAAGAAUAAACGGUGUUUCACAUUC